AUGCAGCAGCAGCAGCUCGAGGCCCCGGGCCCCCACUUCUCUGCUUUUGGGGUUCAGCGACAAGCAGCCGGCCAGCAGCGCGCUCGUCAAGCUGCUGCUGCUGCUGCUGCUGUUGCUCGCUGCUGCAGCGCCACCCCCAAACACGCCCUCCUUCAAGCAGCAGGGCAGCAGCAAGCUGCUGCUGCUGCUGCUGCUCAGCCCGGGCAGCAGCAGCACCUCGCCCCCCACGGGGCGGUUCGUCAAGGGAUCCGCAACCAGCCGGAACAGGCCCUGGUACAGCUGCAGCAGCAGCAGCAGCAGCAGCAGCAGCAAGGGCUCGCUUCAGGGCCAUCGACGGAGAAGAGUGCAGCAGCAGGAGCAAAGGCAGCAACGGAGAAGCGCGCAGCUUCGCUCCCACGAAGUAGCACAGCUAUGCAAGCAGCAGCAGCAGCAGCAGCAGCAGCAGCAGCAGCAGAGGCACCUACCAACGGCAUGAGUGGCUCAACUGCGUCUCUGCUUAAGGGCGCUAGCAGAGUGCUAAGUGCUGCUGUGGCAGCAGCAGCAACUUCAGCAGAAGGGUCCGCGAGGGCCGUCGGCAGCAGCAGCUGCCUUGACUUCGCUGCUGCUGCGCUCGCUGAUGGCCCGCACCAGCACGGGGAUGCAGAGAGAAAGUGCUGCUGCUGCUGCUUCAUCUGA